AUUUUAGCCUAUGGUUCAUGUCCAUUGUUUUUCUACAAUGUUAUUUUUCUGACUGUUGGCUGGUGCACGAAAAAUUGGUCCCGCUGCGUCGAGUGUUAAUUGUGCUAGUGUUCGUGUCCGAUAUUGUGAUUUAUUGGAAAUAGAUCACGAGGAUGUCGUCACCGAGCGCUGGGAAACGUCGCAUGGACACAGAUGUCAUCAAACUCAUUGAAAGCAAGCACGAGGUGACGAUACUCGGCGGACUAAAUGAAUUCUGCGUCAAAUUCUUCGGCCCGCCCGGCACUCCGUACGAGGGCGGCGUGUGGCGCGUGCGCGUGCACCUGCCAGACCACUACCCGUUCAAGUCGCCGUCCAUCGGCUUCAUGAACAAGGUGUACCAUCCCAACAUCGACGAGGUCUCCGGCACCGUCUGCCUGGAUGUCAUCAACCAGGCCUGGACCGCGCUCUAUGAUCUGUCGAACAUCUUCGAGUCGUUCCUGCCGCAGCUGCUGACGUACCCCAACCCCAUCGACCCGCUCAACGGCGACGCCGCCGCCAUGUACCUGCACAAACCGGAAGAGUACAAGAAGAAAGUCUCAGAUUACGUGCGAAGAUUCGCGACAGAAGAAGCGUUGCUAGAAAAGGACGCGAUCACAGGCAUGGGCGGCGCGCCGGCGUCCUCGGGCACCAAGGCCAGCAACGGCACGGCCAACAACAACGCGAGCGACACCGAGAGCUCCAUGAGCGCUUUCAGCGACGACGAGGCGCACGACAUGGAGUUAUAACGCAAGAUAAGUGUAGCCGCUCGCUCGCUCACUGCCCUUAUGCUCUCGAUUGUCUAUGGUCUAUACUAGCUUGAUCGUUGUCUCUAAAAAUCUGUAAUGGUUGGUUCUCGUGGCAAACUUACUUUUAACCGACUUCAAAAAGGAGGUUCUCAACGCGUAUUUUCAAAUCUCUUUCAAGUCUCUUAUCAAGUUAUCACUUUCAGUUUCAUAAAUUCAAACUAUUGUUGUUUAAAGGUCUUUUCUGUAUAUUAUUUUGUCUAUAAUUUGCUAUCUCAUGUAUUACGAGAACUGACUACUUGGCACAGAAUGAUCCAUAGUGAUACAUUCUUGAUUUCGAGCUUAUUGUGAUAUCAGAGGGCGUCCUGCUAAGUAGCGGUAGCUCCAGGUAAGUAAAGGUUGAAUGGGUUUUCCAAAUUUUCUAUGGAGUCCCUACUCCGAAAUUGUAUGCCUCUUAUGUGGUCAGAGAAAUAUUUUAUUAUGUUCGGACGCCUUCUUAAAGUGCAAUAUAAAUUCAAAUUCACUUCGAAUGUCGAAGUCUAAAUAUAACAAACCAUAGACAACAGACAACGAAAGCAUAUAACAGCCAGUUACUAUAAAUAUAACUGUAUUAUAAUACAGCGGUCGUGUUUGCUGCCUGGUGAAGAAUAUAUAAAAAUGACAGAUUCUAUUUUAUGGACCACAAUUUGCCAAUUUUAGAAUAUUAGUUUAGCGAUGAACACUGCUCAGAAAAUUAAAUUAGGCAGCAAACAUGGCCGACAUGUGCUUUAAGAUCAGAAGUCUAUAAUUUAUGUAAAACUUGCAUGGUUAUGAAAUAAUCAAUUUAAAAUUCGUGUUUUAAGAUUAGUCGUCGGUGUGUUGUUGAAAUCGUUUAUGGGAGAAUAGGAUCGUUCUAUGGCUUGUCUUUGAAUAGUCUCUUAUGCUUAGAAUUAGCAGCAAUAUGAUAAGAGGCAAAAGUGUUCACAAUAUUUCGGUGUAACUUCGAAAUUUGCUCGUUUGGUACUCCCGACUUUAGGAAGGUUCGCAUAUCGUCAUUGAAAUACUCUCAACACACAAUCUAUGAAAGAGGUGUACUUACCCUACUAAAUAUUGCAAGAAAUAUGUACAUAUUUCGCUGUGGUUUCCAUGAAUUAAAACCUAAAUCUUCCAAAAGUCGUAUGUACACGCGAGUGUGGUAGUAUGAUGGUAGUUUGGCUUGGAAAGGAAAGAGAUGAAAAUUGGUAGGUUACGUAUAAUGUGCGAACAUUUAUUAGAUUUUAAAUAAGUGUACUGUAUGCUGACGUAAUAAAUAAUCGGGAUUUUAAUCGUCUGUAAUAAAUAUUAGCUGGCAAGCCGGCGCGAGCGAGCGAGGUAGCAUUUUGUAAAUAUCUUUAAUCUGUCCCCAUAGCAUUAAUCCAACUUAAAUCUAUCAAAUGGCCGCAACGGGCUUCAGUCAUCACUUUAUAUCUCAUAGGUAUUUAAUUAUUUUUUAUUAUAGUGUUAAUUUUUAAACGAAUGAUGUGUCAUGUUUUUAUGUGUUUUUAUCCCCUCUGACUUUGGCUACGGAUUUUUUUAUGAUUUGUUGAUGGCAACACUCUGAAAGUUUAGAUCGUCUAUGCUUCCAGUUAGUUUGUCAACUCGUACAUAAUUUGUUACAUGUUUGGCGAUCGAUGUACUUCGCCCCGUAAAACUUCAAUAAUUUUUUGCUAAUUCUGAUGAAACUUGUAUCUCCCGCUGUUGUGUUGUAUCUCAAAGUUAUUUUCUAAUGUCCAAAGACGUUGAUUACGUUUAUUGAGUAGGUACAUCGAUCAUAGUGAAACCUGGUACACUGUGAUUUUAUAAGAAACAUGUCAAUUUAUCAAUGGGAAAGGGUAGAUAGGGGCACCCUUCUUGGUAAUACGGCCAGAGGGAACACUGCAGACGUGUUAUGUAAUAUCUUGUCCAUUAUUUUAUUAUUAUUUUCGCAAUUAAUUUUCCAAUGUCUAGCUUGUAUUUUUUUAUAAUUCGAAAUUUGAAUUGAAUUCUUUCUGUUGGAUAUCUUCUAUCGUGUACAGGUUAGUUUUUGUCUAUGCGUGCCCAGUCGGUCUAUGAAAGUAGUAUUGUAUCUCGCAACUUUUGCUAGAAUGAUGAGGUCUGUUUUGUUGCCCUGAGCCCUGCAGCAUUGUUCCCGGCCGUGCCCUGUACUUAGUAUAAUUGCUUGUUCUGUUUACCGCUUUUAGAAGUUUUAUUUUAGCGCAAUCAAUUUUGUUUCUAUGCUUUGUGAAGCCGUCGUUACAUCUGUACACGUCAGCGUUUAUUUCAGACUCUGUAUUUUGUAUUAUUUUCACGCAAUAUGUAACAAUACGUCACUUGAAUCAUAUGUUAGUACAUAACAAUGACAAGUUUCAUGUUUUUAUUGUAAAAGAUAAGCAAUAACGAAAAAAUAAAAAAUAACAAUUUAUGUCGCCAGUGUUUAAACAUUGUCUCCAAAUGAGGUCUACAGUGUAAACAUAGGCAUUAAAUUGUGAUCACUUUUAUGUUCCUGCUUUGCUAUUAUAUAAUCUGUGAAAAAUACAAAAUGGCGGCCACUGAAGCACUCUUAUAGAAAUUCCGUCUCUGGCAGCAAACUGCCACAAAACGUUUAUAUUAAACUCAUUAACUGACUAUAAACAUAAUUAUGUUUUGUAAUUUGUAAAUUGUGUAAAUGUUACUGUGCCCUAGCCACAAUCAAGGGUGCGUUCGUCUACAUUUUUGUAAAGAAAGCAGGAAAGCUUUGUCUGUCUGUCUUAACUUGGCAGGCAGGCUUAUUUAUUAUUGUAUGUGAUUAAACUAUGUAAUGUUGAAUACAAUGUUUUGUGGCUUUUUGCAUCGUUCGCAUCUCGAUGUCUUGACAAGCUAACGCUAUGCUAAUCCUGCCAAAUGGAUGUCUUGGCCGACUUUGUAGUGAUUUUUAUGGGACGCAGUACAUCCGCGUAUAAAGCUUAGUAAUUUGUGACAUGUUACCCAUUACUUACAAUUAGAUUUUCACCUUCGGAUAAUGUAAAUGUUCUAAUUUCGUAAAGAUAGUAAAGAAGUAGUGUUGUGUUUAAAUCUGUUAAAACAUAUCAAGUAAUUUUGUUCCCAUAAAAGACACUACAACGUCUUAAAUCAUACAGAUCUCUAAGUGACACGUUGCGAAACUCUUAAGUGUUGCAAUCGUUUUAAUGUAAGUCUAGGUUAAAUAGAUAUAACACGAAAAAUAUAUUAAAAUAUUAUACCCGUAGGUGACUGAAAACGCCCCUCAUUGAUGUGUCUCAAUAACCUUGCUUGUAGCGUUUGAACUAUUUUAUGACAAAUGUCCGAAUUUAUAGGGAAAUCGCAGACACGUCAUGUAUGUAAUUCGGUAUGUAAGGGAAAAAGAAGUUACGCUAAUUCUAAAACAGUUUCGAGAUGUCGUCCUAAUUAGCUUCAUUUCUCUAAAGGUACUAUGUCUACCCGAAUUGUCGAUUUCAAUUGCCGUUUAAAUUAAAUAAAGUCGAAUAUAAUCUGUGGUCAUCACUAGGGUAAGGUGUCCUACGAGUGAGCGGUUAGCAAACUUAAUGAAAUAACUUUAAUAAUAAUGAGGAUCAUUAACCCCCAUCUAACCCUGUCAGGGUUGCUGAGGUUGGUAAUCCACCUCACAACCCACACGAUAGAAGACCCCCAUAAAAACAUAAACAUACAUAAACUGCCUAUAUAUGUCCCACUGCUGGGCACAGGCCUCCCCUCAAUCAACCGGAGGGGGUUUUAGAAGGAUAAACUAUACAAAAUUAAAGAAAUGAAAAAUUACCAAAAUGUUAUUUGUAUCUAUCUUGUUGGGUCUGAGUACUCUUAUGAACCGCCCAUAGUUUGAAAAUGUUAAUAACAGCCUACUUCAGGAGAUAUCUUUUUAAAAAUAUGAAAAAUAAAAUAAGAACUGCAUGUAAAAAAAAAUAUUCCAAUUACUUUUUUUAAAUAGUAUGCUUCAUUUAAAGAAUUUAAAAAAAUAGCUUCAUAAAUACCUUACAUACCCAAUAGCUAGAUGCGGUUUCAGUCACCUGGAUAAAACAUAUUAUGUAUCUUUGAAAUGAUAACUCAGCCAUAAUAAUAUAUUUUGGUAUAUAAGGAAUAACGAGUUUAAAUUCUUAGUUGUAUAUUAUGGAAGUUGGGUCGGCAGGUGUCUGUUCAGUGGGUAGACCCCAUACGUAGUGUAUCGUUCAGUGUCACCCAGCUUGUUUCGGAUAGCACUUCAAUCGUUAGUUUUAUUCAAAUCGCUGUGGUAUUGAUGUUUAGACUUACGACUCAAUAUGGGCGUAGGUUUUUAAGUGUUUAUCACGUACUUAUUAUACAUUUAUCCUUCUAAUAGCUUUAAUUUUAAAAUUCUAAACUAUAUUCUUAGAAAAUAUACAAAUGAAAAAUGAAGUACACAUCUUAUUUUGCUUUUCCAAAUCAGACUUAAUGUUAAGACAAGAUUUAUUCACACUUAAAAACCUUUGCUCGGAACAACCGCGGUGCGGCUGCCGUGCGGGGCGGGUAGGGGCGCGGAGCAAAGUCGCGGUUGUUAGUUAGAGGUUGAACUAACGACAUUGUGGCAGUAGGAGGUUGAACUAACUAUAGUGUUAGCAGCAGCGGGCCACCCCCGCAGAAUCGGUUAUUUACAUACACGUGACAAAGUUUAUAUUAUUCUAUUUUUAUUUCAUUACAUGUAAUAAACUUACGUUAUUUUUAAACUAA